AUGGAAAGUUCAAAAGAGCAGUCUACGGGUGUAGAAGCAGCGCUGCCACCACUUACCGCGCAUGAGGAACGCAUCUACAACUCGCUCGCGACCAAGAUGCAGUACUUUCAUACUGGUCUACAGGCCGAAUAUGAGGAGUGUUACGAGCUCGCUGACGGGAAGUUUACCAAGCGCGGCAUGUCCCUCUCUCAAUAUCUUGGUUUUGUAGACCAGUUCCGAAUGCACAUAACGAUGCACCAUGAUAUCGAAGAGGCCCACGUGUUCCCAACUCUCGCCAAGCGUAUGCCCGAGUUUCGUCCCAACGAGCGGCACAAGAACUCGCAUAAGCUCAUUCAUGACGGGCUGGAUAAGAUAGAGGAGGCUGUUAAACGAUUCAAAGAAGACAACAGUAGCUACAACCCGGUCGAGAUGCGCGAGGCCUUUGAUUCUUUUCGCGAGCCCCUUUAUCGACACCUUGCAGAGGAAGUACAGGACCUCUCAGCGGAAAAUAUGCGCAAGUACUGGUCAGUCGCUGAAGUCCGGCGAUUGGGAUUUUAG